CAUAUCCUGAAUUAAUAUUUUGCUGUAAAGAGUCGGUUUGUUAAAAGCACUUUACAAUUUCAAAUGAAUUCAAACACCAAGCUGAAAUCUUUUUUUAGGGAGUAAUGCACAGAAGAAAAUAAGACAUCUCCCCCUACUCCUUGUCAUCUUGCACACUGUCUCAGCUGUAGCCAAUUUUCUUCAUUUGAAUUAUCACUUGAGUAAAAGCUUUGAUCCGUGCAGCCAUCUGGACUUCUUUAGGUGUUCGCUCUGCCUCCAGCUCAUGCUUUGGUUUAGUGAUUUAGUGACGCUUGACUUGGAGAGGAAAUGAAUGCUGUUUCGAUGCAAUUCAGGAAGAGAGAAAUAAUCCUGGAGAUUCGGAUUUAUGGUGUCCAGCGUGCGUAUCGUGUAAGGGGAUGUCUACAGUAACUCUAACUCUGUAGAUAUGUAUGAGGGGAUUAAAGAGGCACACAAGCAUGAACACAGAUAGUAUGGGGACUUUUUCAUUUUGGUUCAGAAAAAGUUUUCUUUUUCGUGUUUUUUUUUCUCCCUGAACCAUUUGAUAUAAUGUUUUAUUACCAAGUAGCCCACUUUUUUAUUUUCUCUCACUCUCUGUUCAUUAGGACGUCGCUGUUGUAUCUGUGUUAUUCCUGGACAUUUCCACACUUUACCAAGGUGCCUGAUGAUAUGGGUAAAACACCUCAAAAAGACAAAAAAGGUGCUAAACAUGAGAACCCAAAGGGUGACCUUCACACCCCCCUACAGACUGCUAACAGUGAGCCAUUCAGCUGGGAGAAUUAUUUAAAGGAGACGUCUUCUAUGCCAGCAUCCCCCAGCUGCUUUAGACAGUCUAGGAUUCCUCCCACAAAUGGCUUCAAAGUGGGUAUGAAAGUGGAGACGUACGACCCACGGAACUCCACCUCGGUGUGUAUCGCCACCGUGAUGGGGCUGAUGGGAGCACGUCUUCGUUUGCGCUUGGACGGCAGCGACAGCACCAAUGACUUCUGGCGGCUGGUCGACUCUUCGGAUAUUCAGCCAGUCGGCACGUGUGAGAAGAGUGGAGACAUGCUCCAGCCACCACUAGGUUUCCGAAUGAACGCGUCAUCCUGGCCCAUGUUCCUGUUAAGAACUUUAAGUGGAGCUGAGAUAGCACCAGCCUCUGCAUUUAAAAAGGAGCCGCUCAAGCCAUUGCAAAACCUUUUCAGACUGGGUAUGAAGCUGGAAGCAGUGGACAGAAAGAACCCGAGUCUGAUCUGCCCUGCCACUAUCGGUCAGGUGCGUGGAGAAGAGGUCUUCGUCAUGUUCGACGGCUGGCGUGGGGCCUUCGAUUACUGGUGCAAAUACUACUCCAGAGACAUCUUCCCCAUCGGCUGGUGUCACCUGACCAAACACAGUCUCCAGCCCCCUGGAACCAGCUUCCCUCUCUCUCGGAGCCCGAUUCCUUCUCUGUUGCCAUCCCGGUCGUGGCGCCACUCCAUGCAAUCCCCGUACCAGCUUCCUCACCCGCUGCCCCCACUGCCCGUCAGGAAGGGCGUGCGGGGCCGUCGGCCCAAGAGCCAGACCAUCGCCAUGCUGAAAGCUAUACAGAACGGCCAGGCGGCAUCACAGAGCGGCGCCACCAAGGGCACCGGGCCUGAACACCUGGAGCCACGGCUGCACAAGAAGAGAGGACCCAAACCUGGCAGCAAGAGAAAGCCGCGAGUUCUUCCUCCUCUGUCCAGCCCGUCUCUGUCUUCCUCCGUGUCAGACAGCAGACUCUCCAGUAUUCAGAUGACCAAAGACUCUGGGGUUUUAUCUACAGUGUGCGUGUACGUGAACAAGCAUGGUGAGUGUGGGCCGCAUCUGGACCGAAAGCUGAUGCUGCAGCUGCCGGAUCAUUUCGGACCAGGCCCGGUGAACACGGUGCUGCAACACGCCGUACAGGCAUGUGUGGACUGCGCCUACCAGCCCAAAACGCUCUUCGGCUUCCUGCAGUCUCAGUCAGACGGCGGAGAGAUCAUACGAGUUCGCUCAGAAGGAGGGAUCCACUACGUUAAGCUACCUCGAGCCUCCAGUGCAUCAUUCGUUCUGCGCUUCCUCGAGACUCUGUGUCACCAUUUGCAGUCUGACAACCUGUUCAGCAGCCAGCCAUUCAGUCCCCUCUCCGCUAACACGCACAAUGCCUACGACAGGAGCAAGUCAGUGAAGGAAGAGACGUCAGAAGCAUUAUCGAUAGUGCGGGGCAGCAGACGCUUCACCAGAGACUCCUCCAUCUAUAGCACUCCUACUCCUACCAACCCACCCAGAACAGACACACACUCUUCAGAAGCAGAAACACUCCCAUCAGAAAAUGGCAUCUCUGCCGAGCAGCAUUUCUCUGAGGAGCCCAUGGACACCAGUUCUGCACCGCCUCGGCCUCCUGCACAGCGCACUACAACUGAGCAUCGUAAUCCAGCCGGGAACAGCCCACACUACUCAACCCAGCAGCCUCCUCUGCGCCGUGUCACCUCCAACCCUUCUGAGCUGGCCAACACACGCAUGCUUAGACGAGUGGAAGGUACGCUAUCUGCCAGCUCCACCACCGGUCCAGAUCACCAGACAACUGAGCGAGAGACAUCCAACAGGAGCCCAUCCUCAUGGAGCAUUGAGGAAGUGAUGCAGUUUGUGCGGGAUGCAGACCCUCAGGCCUUAGGGCCGCACGCCGAACUCUUCAGGAAGCACGAGAUUGACGGCAAGGCUUUAAUGCUGCUACGAAGUGACAUGAUCAUGAAGUACAUGGGCCUGAAGCUGGGUCCUGCGCUCAAACUGUGCCAUCAUAUCGAAAAACUUAAACAGGGCAAACUAUAGCUCGAUUCACUCGAGCCCUGCGGACACACAUAGCCCCCAGCGGGUGGCGUCCGUGCGCACAUCUAAGAGCACAAUGUCCACGUGCAGAGCUCUGGAGCUGGGCAAGGACCUGGAGAUGGAUUUGCUCAGAGCCAAUGUAAAUACCAAAUCCUUGUAUCGGAAAAAACCAGCAACAACAAUCAUAAAACCACGCAAACCAUCGAGCAAAGAACGAGAGCCAAAAUUGACAUCAAAGGGUCUAUUAGACAGCAAGAAGGACAAAACGCUCCUCUCACAGGACUCAUUUAACUUUAGGGAUCAUCUUAGACACAAAUGCGGGUUUAAACACUGCCACUAGUGACCUCAGCACCUCCUUUUGAGAGAAGGAACAAUGCAGGAACUAUUCAGCAGCUGGACUAAGCUUAAUCCCAAAGGAUUUCUUUGUCUAUAUCAGAACCAUGCUAAAACUGUAAACCCCAACCCCCCCCCCCUCGUUUCCCUUCCCUAGUUUCAAUAGUCAUUAAAAAAGGAAAAUAAAAACAACAACACAGGAGGUAAUGAACCAUCAUGUAUUAUUGAGUAGAGAUUUACAUGCUCUUUUAUUUGUGAACAAAGAAACACCAAAAAGGAUGUUAACAAAAUAACCACUAAAACCAUAAUAUAAGUAUAGUGAUACAAAUGUCCUACAACAAAACCUCAUCUUUAGCCAAAAGCGACAAGGCAGCUAUCCAUUUUUCGUAAUAUAAAAUAGAAUAUUAAGCUAAAGGCACAAAUAAGUUACUGGAGCGACUGGGUUUUUUUUUUUCCCUUUUCAACGGAUUACUCCUCAGGAUUGCUUUUUCUGUACAUCCAUUUGUUAUAUCCAAGCCAUGUAAAUCAUGUAAAUGUCUGUAUACAAUUCAUCCUUGUUUACACGAUGUACACCUUGUUAAAUAUGGGGUAAAGUUUACAAAAAAAAAGGUUCUGAAGAUUUCAGUUGAAGAAACACAUCACAGACACCCAAGAGCUCUUUGUAGACCUUGUUAUAGAUAGAAUACCACUUAUUACAAUUAAGAACAAAUUCAUUACUCCUUAAGAUUACUCCCAGGUUGUGACGUUAUCAUCAGAGAAAUCUAUACGGAAAAUAAUAUGCACAUUGCGGGUGAAGUGAAUUUCUCUUCUACGAGCAUAGAAUUUAACUGUAAAUCCAACAACGAUGAGAAUCUGAUUCCAUUCUGAUUUCACGUGUGACUUGAGCAGAUUGUUUAGCAGACGCCCUUAUCCAGGGCGACGUACAUGUUUUUAAUCACAUUUUUAUACAACUGAGCAAUUGAGGGUUAAGGGCCUUGCUCAGGGGCCCAGCAGUGGCAGUUUGGUGAAAGUAGGAAUCGAACUCACAACCUACCACAUCCCCUCACAAUAAACUAAUCCCAGACGUUUUAUGAUAUUUAAGUGAUCUCUUGCCCUUUUUUGUGUUGCAUACAUUUUCAUAUUUCUGUAUUUUGAUUUCAGUCUUAAAUGAGCACAAUGCAGCUUUUCUUUAAAAAAAAAAGAUUUGUAUACUUUUAUAUGUGUUGUUAGUUUCAGCGGUUUAGCUCUUAGGGCAUCCCUACAUUUCUGUUCUUCUCAGGUUCAAGUUUUUAGUGUUUUGCAUACUUUUCUACAACUGCAUAAACUGUUCGCAUUAAAAUAACGACAUUUUUUCCAAGUAUUUUACUGGAACAAAACUUGAAAAGAGGGUUUAUGUUUAUGACCUUGUUUAAAGAGUUUAGCCAUUUUCCAGUACACCUUUUUUUUUUUUUAAAUAAAAUUUCUAAACAAACAAUGUUGCUUAUGCCUUGUUUUACUUCCGAUUUAAAAUGUAUUGAUACAAAGCCGCCUUCACACUGCACGCGACAAACGACUGCCGAUAAACCGGACGUCAUUCAUUUCCUAUGGAGAGUCGCAAGGUCGCUGCGUGAGGUGCCGACCAUCUGCGGAUCCGUAAUUUUCGGAUCCGUUUUGAGCGUUGGAUCCGUUAACAAUGUGAACU